AUGUCGAUGAAAGAUCGGCCAUCUUAUAUAAGGAGGCAGUAUCUCAGGGCUCGCGUCUGGCUGCCGGCUGAACCUUCCACCUCAAAUGAGAUUGAGGAAAUCCUCAAGUACUGCAAUCCCUCUCUCCCCACGUAUGACUGGAGGGUUAUAAGGCUGGAGAGAACCGAUGAACCAUAUCGGCAAGCGUUGAUAAUGCUUAACGAGGAGUCCAUCGGUCCUCUCAGCAAAACCAAGGGAGCCAUCAGUUAUGUUUUCAAAAUGGUUGUGCUAAAGGUACUCCCAACUGAUACCAGGACUGAUGGCACCCAAGCUGCAGAUGCAGGGGAGAAGGCCGACGGCGUUAGCGAUGGUCAAGCGACCAUAGAAAACGACCCAAACCUCUCGGACGUGGCGAGUUCUGGAGGCGGUUCGUCGAUUGGCGAUUCCGUCUUCAGCCUCGAACAACUGUUUGAGGAGGUGAGGGUCGAUUACGACAUGAGCGCUGAACUGGCGCUCCAAAAGGAGAGUCUGAAGGAUGAAAUUCCUCCAGAUUAUUGCAAUGCUGACAUAGUAACAGCAAAACUGGAGUGCGAUACCGGAAAUGUCUGGAUUAUCUCCGCGUAUAUGCCGCACGAUGAUGCGGUGAAGCCACCUCCCGUAUUGCUAAGGAAGACCUUGGCUGAAGCGUCCCGGAAUGGUGCCGACGUCAUCAUCGGCUCGGACGCCAACUCGCGACACUCGAUCUGGGGCAGCUCGGAUGCAAAUAAUAGAAUGGCAUCUCUCGGAGAGUUGCAUGCUGUCUGCACGGCCUUUGCCGACCUUCUGGAUGAGCGACACUUGGCAUGGGCGAUUAAUUCGUUCAAACCGUACAAGUCCCCGGGACCGGGCGGCAUCAUACCAGCGCAGCUGCAGCAGGCUGUUAAGGUGUCAUGCAGCUGGUUGCUACCGAUCUAUGCGAACUGCAGAUCAGAUUAG